GAGAGAGAGAGAAAUCUGUGUUUUGACUGUUGGAUCCCAGAGCUGCUUUUCUACAGGGUUCUUCUCUCCAUCUCUCCUCCAUCAUCAGCACCAUAACACCAGCUCCAGCUUUCUGCAGGCCCUGUAUCCUCCACUGUGACUUUUUCAUUGCAUAAUAACCAAGAACAGCCAUGGGGAUUGAGAGUCAAGCCCCGACCCAGGCUGCAGUAAACCUGACCCCCAGACAGGUCAAGACUUUCCAAAAGGUCGAACCAAAAGCUUUAGGGUCGAUCCAGAUCAUCAUCGCUGUUUUGUUACUGUGCCUGAGUGUCUCUGUGCUUCAGAUCUACUAUGAAGUUCACUUCACCCCCGACCUCAUCGUAGUCGUAGUGAUCGUCAUCCAGAUCCUUGCCUCUGGUUCUGUCCUGAUCCAUGCUGGGAGGUUCCCUUCUCUUUUCUGGGUCAAGGCGACGCUGGCUGUUCACCUUGUGAGUGCUGCGUUCUCUACUGCUGCCGUGGGCCUUCUGUCCCGCCACCUCCCCUACAGACAGGACUCGUAUCACUGCGAGCACUGCAGGAGACUGGAGAUCUUUGCUGUGCAACAAUAUUGUUUCAAGAAAUGCUCUAAUAUGAUCGAAAGAACCUGUAAACUGUUGAUUGACGGCUUGUUGGCUACUCUGGUGCUGUUCCUGGUGGUGGAGCUGAUCAUCUGCAUCGUCACCAUUCUGUUUGGACUCAGCGUUCUGGCUAAAGGAGGCCUGCAUCUGCCCGGCGUGGUCCAGCGUAUCGAACGUCCUCCAGCUGCUCCAGCUCCAUCUCAGCCAGAGAUCGCCCCUGCUCAGGUGGAGGUGUUGGAGGAGGUGAUGGUACCCGCGGCAGCACAUGAACCAUAUCCUCAGUCGUUAGAGGAAGCGUCUACUCCUCCCACUGAACCACAAGUCGAGCCCAUUGACUCUAUAGCGGAGGUCUGAGUCAGGGUCAUGUGACCACUUCUCCCCUGCAAAUAGGAGCUUUAUUCAUUUAAACGGAUCCUCCAAGCAGAAGUAUGGCGUGGCGGGUAGUGAGUCAUGUUCCUGCUCUCAGAAUAAGUUUCAAUGUGUGAAAGUUCCCAUGUGAUUUUUCCACCAAUCAGAGAUGAGAGCAAAUAUCUAUAGGCUAAAAAUAAAAUGUAUACAAUUUACAUUAGCCUUGUGGCUCCUAUUUUAAGUCAAACUGAUACAUUAUGAAAGUCAUGCCAAGUGAAUAAUUAUUUUUUAAGCAUGGAGACUUUUAAAAGAUAUCUAAUAGUGUUUAUACCAUAGUGCUGUCGAAUUCUCCAAGCUGAUUGGUCAGGAGGUGCUGAUUCAUUAUUUAUAAAUAGCCAUAAUUCCUGCUGGAAGGUAAAUCGCAAGUUUCACUUCUUUCAAUAUUAUUGUUUCUAUAGUAGCAACUAUUUAUGGAAGGAGUCUCCAGUGUCAGCCCUUUUUAAAGCAGUAACAGAUUACAUUGUAUUAAUGACUCAGGAGCUGUAUUUUCUGUCUUAUACACUACAGGAAAGUGGAAAGGACUUGUGUGGGUCUUGUUUAUAGCUGAUUAUGUGAUAAACAGCUUGUUUCUUGUUUCACAGACAUUCUACAUAACUAAAGUGAAUAAAAAGUACUUUGUGUUCAGGAGUUAAAAAGGAUUUCAACCAUCUUAGGCAUGCUGUUAUAGGAAAAUAAUCCAUUUCAGGGUUAUUAGCUCCAUCACACCACUCUGUCGUUGAUUAUUUUCCUGUAACAGCACACCCACACCCACACACAAGUGUUUAAAACUUUUACUUACAUGACUUUUCAUAAUGACUUUCAGUGGUUUGGGGAACACGUGUACUAAACUACAAGC